GCUCGGCGGCGCUCUCAAGCCUUCUGCUAGCUUCAUGGCCUUUUCCCGUGGUUUGCCUGCGUUCUGCCCCACGCUCAGCUUCCUCCUGCUCGCCCUCGUCGGCCCCUCCUCCGCCCUGUCGCCGCGGGCAGCUUCGAGGGGCGUGGGAAGCAUCGCAGCGGCGCGAGCUCGGCCAGCCGUGUCGGUGCUGGAUGCAUCGGUGCUGGCUCCAGGCAGCACAACGACAGACUCCACCGCAAAGGGGGUCGUCGUCCCAACGGCGCCGUUCCUGAAGCCGUGCAAGGCGGAGGAGGAGCCGCUCUCGGGCGACUCGUACGUGCCGCCGGAGCCGCUCCAGCUGCAGGAUGGCGACGCGCUCGAGGCAAAGUGGGACAGGCUUCGCGGUACGCGCAAGCGCGAUCAGCUCCGCCGCUCCAUGGCGCUCCAGACGUUUUUCCUUAAAGCUGGUUGGAAGACCGUGCGUGCCAACAUGACCGACGACGACAUGCGCACCGCGAUGACGGCCGCGUGGGUGCGCGAUGGGCUGCUGCAGCUCGGACCGACCAUGAUCAAGCUUGGCCAGGUCUUCUCCUCGCGCAAGGACCUGCUGCACCCCGCGUACUGCGAGGCGCUCGAGUCGCUGCAGACGGCGGUGCCAUGCGUCUCGGCCUCGCGCGUGCGUGAGCUGCUCGAGGCGGAGCUCGGCUCGCCGCUGCCGUUUGACUCGUUCGACGACACGCCGCUCGCGGGCGCCUCGCUCGGCCAGGUGCACCGCGCGGUGUACAAGGGCACGCCGGUGGCGGUCAAGAUCCAGCGCGCGGGGCUCACGGAGAUGUUCGACACCGACU